AUGGAGUUGAAAAGACUAUGUGAAGAUGCUGCUAAGAUUGAUUGGUCAUCGGUACGUAGCGCGUCUGGUGUGAAUGAUAAAAUUACUGUUUUUGAUUUCUUCCUCACCCAUCUUUUGAUGCCCUACAUCCCGUAUGUGUUAAGCAUCUUCCAGCUACAAGGCCCACAGCUGACAUCAAAGCAAGACCAGAAAAACAGGGUCAAAGUGAAGUACACGACCAAUUCAAGGAUUGGUAAGCAAUUUGGUAAAACAUUACUUAUACUGAGCAAAAAUGGUCUGAAUUUGAAAAAAGUUCAUUUGAUUGGAUUCUCUCUCGGAGCUCAACUAUCGGGCUAUGCAGGAAGAGAGGUACAAGCAGAAGGAAAAAUUAUUGGCAGGUUAACUUCGAGUCAUUUAAAAUUCAUAUUUUCCCUUAAAUUGCAAAUACGAAUUACUGGUCUCGACCCAGCUGGACCACUUUUCGAUGGUGUGGUUUCACUUCGUGCACUAAGCGCCUCUGAUGCCAGUUUCGUAGAUAUUGUACAUACCAACCCUGGUAGAUUGGGAAUAGAUUCAUCUCUAGGCACUGUGGAUUUUUGGCCAAAUUGUGAGAGUAGAGUACAACCAGGCUGCGAAAUCAAGGGUGUUAGGGGUGUACCAAAUCGAAACAUAUGUAGUCAUAACCGCUGUUGGAUGUACUUCAUAGGAGCUAUAGAAAGCCCAGCAGCUUUCAAAGCGACUUUUGCCGAGGAUUGCUUGUCUUGGAAGGCAGGUGUAAGAACCAAUAAAACAGUCUACCUGGGCGACGACAUCAAUCUUAAAGCACGUGGCAACUUCUACUUCGAGACAAACUCUGCUCCGCCAUUUGGAUUUAAAAAGAAAGACUACACAUAAAUUCAACAGCCAUCUAGCAAAUAAAUUAGUAUAACUUGUUUCAAAUAUGUGCAAUAAUCAAGGUAUCGAGAGAGUGCAUUUUACUUAUUGUGACAAAACCUAGACCGAUUAGUUGCUAAGCGUAAUUUGUGCAAAGAAAUAAAUACAUUUCAAUGUCACUUUUGUGUAUGUUUAUUAAACGGUGCAUUAUUUACAACGCUUAAAUAUAGCUUUUCGUAUCAUCU